AUGGGCUAUGUCGCUACGUUCCUUCACCUUCACGGACAAGGCUGCAACAGUGGGGUCGCCAUGUUACCAAGCGUUCUACGAGUCGCCGGGAUCCGGCGCCCGCUCCGAGCUCCGGCGCGGACAACGGCCGCCGUGACCCUCCAUGAUGCGACGCAUUUUCAUAGCGGCUACUAUGGACAGCAACUAGGCAGCCGAUUCAUCCGGCGUGGAUUUAAUACCUACUUUGUAACGCACCUCCCUUCGUCCUCGAUGCAUCCCGACUCCCGGUCGUUGGCCGGCCCCGGUCACAAGCUUCCGCGUUCCGCCUCAACACCCCACACUCCGGAUCCCGGCUCCCGCCCGGCCGUGGCCCCCCCAGACAUGCCCAGCCGCGACCUGACCGUCGUCCGUAUACCUCUGCGAAGCGCGAAACACCACUUCGGCGUCUCCGUUUCCCGCGGGCAGCGCAAGUACAACGAGGAUACGAACCAGGCCGGGACAAUACACAUGCCUGCCUUCGCAAAGCGCGUCCCCAUAAGUCUGGUGCGCAACCAGGCAGCGAGGACGGCAGCAGCGGGCGAGGGCACCAACGCCGCCAGCGCGCUAGGGGAUCCUCAGAUCUUCUACUUUGGCGUAUUCGACGGACAUGGCGGCAGCGAGUGCAGCGAGUUCCUCCGAGACGAGCUUCACGGGUACAUCGAGGAGGCUGCAGCCGAGUUUGGACUGAAGAGCAGUCUGAAAAGGGAUCCUGGCGCCCCCGACUCAACCAAAGACCCCGACAGUGGGGCCGGGGGCCUGGCGGCGGAGACGAGGCAACAACAACAACAACACCAAGAGACUCUGCCGGAUACCAUCAAGGCUACCAAGCUGCAAUCUGAACUCCUAGCCGAGUACAAGCGCACGAUAGGCGGCUACUUCCGACGCUUCCAACCCAACUACUUCAGCGUCCCGGUAGCCGCCUCCACACGCGAACCAUCCUCCUCCUCCUCCUCCUCCUCCUCCAUUCACGGCUCUUCCCUUCAACAACAGCGAGUAAGCCUCGAAGCAGUGCUCACCUACGCCUUCCUCCGCGCCGAUCUCGACUUCGUCACGGCCCAAGCCCGCAAACCGGACCCGGACGACCCUUACGUCUCCGACUUCCCACUCAACAAGGACGAGAUCCUUGGCAGCCCGCACCUGCCGCCCUCGGGACACGGCAUCGGCGGGCCGGCCCGCUUCAAGGGCGGCUCGACCGCCUCGGUGGCGCUGAUCUCCACGCCAACGCCGUCCCCCUUCUGGCACCCGUCCGCCCACUCGACGCUGGUGGUCGCCCACGUGGGCGACACGCGCAUCCUGCUCUGCGAGACGGCCACGGGCCUGCCCGUGCCGCUCACGUCGGACCACCGGCCCUCGUCGCCGACCGAGUCGCGCCGGCUGCGCAAGUACAUCACCGACUCGCUGGUGACGGACUCGUUCGGCGAGGAGCGCUUCCAGGGGCUCGCCAACAGCCGCGCGUUCGGCGAUAUGCUCAGCAAGCGCAUUGGCGUGUCGGCCGAGCCGGACAUCACGCGCGUCGAGAUCCGCCCGGCCGAGUUCGCCUUCCUGGUGUUAGUCAGCGACGGCGUCAGCGGCACGCUCAGCGACCGGGAGAUUGUGGAUGUUAUUAAAGAGGCGAGCACCCCGGAGGAAGGCGCCAGGAAGGUUGUCGAGUAUGCGACCGAGGUGAGCGGGGACGGGGAUAAUGCGACGUGUCUUGUUGUCAGGCUCGGCGGGUGGGAGAGGAGGAGUGAAGGUGGUGUGGGCAGUUUGGGCACGCGCGAGAUGCGCGAGAUGAGGAGGGCUGAGGCUUGCGAUCCGCGGCGGCGGGGCAGGUAG